AGGCUUCCCAAAGGGCCCAUGUCUGCCCUUUAGCAAGUUCUGCUUGGCCGGACCAGACAAGCAUCAACAACAGGAGAGGCAAUGGAGUCAGAUGAAGCCCCAGAGUGUGCUGCUCCCUGAAAGCCAAUUUGCUGCAACAUGCAGGUGUGUGGGCAGCUUGGAGAGGCAUCUUGGAAGGCAGUGCUGCCAAAAAUCCACCCGCAGCCCACGCUGUCUCCACAAAGUGCGUCUUCAGCCAGUGUAAACUCACAGGUGGGAGCACACAGAAGCUUCGUCCCAGUCCCUUCCCUUGCUGUACAACAGAUCCAGUACAGGUGGAGAGUGGUCUGGGGGCAUCAUAUUGGCUCCACUGAGGACGCAGGCAACACCGGAUUAUGCUGUGCUGCAUCAGAUGGGAAUAACUAAUUUGUUACAGCUCUUGCCUGUUCUUCAGCACCGCAAAAAUAUUCUCGCUCGAGCCCAUGUCAGAAGGAUUUCUCAUUCCAGAGUGAUUCCAGACCUCAGGUAAAUUACACCCUCGCAGGAGAAAGGAUUGGGGGAGAGGUGACCUGUGGCACUCCCUGCUGCACAGAGCAGAAGGGAUAACAGCUUGGAAAGAGUGGACCCAAGGAAAGAAGGAAUCCGUCCUACUGAAGCUGACCCAACAGAGAACCAUGAUGUGGCUGUUCAUCACCGUUACUUACUUAAUCUGCACUACUGAUAGUUCCAGUGCAAGCCCUGAGGUGUCUAUGGACGUUGGUGAAAUUGUUCGCUACCACGGGUAUCCCUAUGAGGAGCAUGAAGUGGUGACAGAAGAUGGCUAUUAUCUUACCUUACAGAGGAUUCCUCAUGGCAGAGACAACUCAGAAAGCACGAGUGCCUCCCAUGAAGCAGAAACACUGGGAUCCAGCAUGUUCUGCCACCCUCCCAAACCUGCAGUGCUCCUGCAGCAUGGCCUGGUGUUGGAGGGCAGUAACUGGGUUACGAACCUGCCCAACAGAAGCCUGGGCUUCAUCCUUGCAGAUGCUGGUUAUGACGUCUGGAUAGGAAACAGCAGGGGGAACAGCUGGUCACGAAAGCACAAAGAAUUUGAAUUUUACAGUGAGAAAUAUUCAUCUUACAGCUUUCAUGAGAUGGCCAUGUAUGACCUUCCAGCAACAAUCAACUAUAUCCUGCAGAAAACAGGACAGGAGCAGUUAUACUACGUGGCUUACUCUCAAGGCACUACCACAGGUUUCAUUGCAUUUUCUUCCAUUCCUGAGCUGGAUCACAAAAUCAAGAUGUUUUUUGCCCUGGCUCCUAUCACCACAAGCUCAAAUAUGAAGUCACCCUUGGUCAGAGUGUUUGAUCUUCCUGAGGGUCUGAUUAAGCUCAUCUUAGGACGCACAGUGGUCUUUGAUAAGGAUGAGUUCUUGAAGCAAGUGACAUCCCGUCUGUGUGGCUACACAUUCUUCAAAAGCUUUUGCUCCUUGGUCCUGUACUUGCCUGGUGGGUUCACCAACAGCUUAAACGUGAGCCGUAUAGAUGUCUACCUGUCCCACUACCCUGAUUCAACAUCCCUAAAAAACAUGUUACAUUGGCGCCAGCUCUAUCAAACGGGAGAAUUCAAAUAUUAUGAUUAUGGCAGUGACAACAUGCUUCAUUAUAACCAGAGCACGCCGCCCUUCUAUGAACUGGAAAACAUGAAAGCACCACUCGCUGCAUGGUUUGGUGGCAGGGACUGGAUUUCUGCCCCUGAAGAUGUAAAUAUAACACUGCCUCGUAUAACCAAUGUGGCGUACAAAAAGUACAUUCCUGAAUUUGUCCACUUUGAUUUCCUUUGGGGUGUGCAAGCGUAUGAACAAAUAUACAAAGAAAUGCUUGAACUGAUGAAGAAGAAUGCCUAGAGGUGGGACAGUGGCAGUAAUUGCUGAUUUCUCCUUUACCUUUGGGGGCUUCUUUAUGUGACAAAAAAGGGGGGGGUGGGGGUGAGGGGAAGGGUUCAUUAAGGUGCUGCACUUGUUGAGGGUUUAUAUCAGUCUGGCAAGUGAGGAAAAUCGGUCAAUCCAAUGAUCAUAGAAUUGUGUAGGAUUCAGGUUAAUUAAGUAGGUGGAGAUCCUUGAAGGAGUUGGGCAUAAACUUUGGACUCUGAGCCUUUCACGCUCAUGGAUUUCCAGACAAAAGCUAUUUCUGUGGAACUCCUGGCCAGUGCUGUGGGCUCUGGGUGUUCCCAGCUGCAAACAGCAGCACGGUAGCUCUGCUCUGUCCUGGAUGCUGAUGUUUCACCAGUUGGGACCAGUGACAAAGAGCUGGAAAACCCAGAUAAGCCCAAACCUGAUCAUGUGCAACAGGGUUUUUGGUAAGAUCUACCAAGAAAGACCAUUUUGAAUCCUUUUAAGUGCUAUUCCUAAGGUACAAACCCAGGUGGAAAUUCACUUUUGCUGAAUUUCAGGAAAUGCUUUUGUAUUCCUCAUGUGUGAGAGAGGAGAGUCUGGUGGAAGCCUAUAAUGAGUCUAACUCUGUUUUCAGCUCCUGGAUUACACUUUAUAAUAAGGUAUUGAUUAGGGAAGGAAUUGUGAAUUUGCCUGUUUGUAUAAUUAUACUCUUAAUAUAUGUCUAGGAGCAACCAGGGCAAAGGAUAAGGCUCUUUUCCCAAAUACACGUAUAAAAAAUUAACAAUAAAGUAAGAGAGGGUC